CUAGGGAAGCUCGGGACCCAGAGUGACAGCUGAGUUCCUGGCGCUGCAGCCCCACUGGACAGCCACCAUGGUGUUUCUGCUGGGCUUCCUGUUCCUGUGUGGAGUCACGGAUCACAUUGGGAGUGUGAGCAUCACUACUCCAGAGCAGACAAUUCAGGAAGUCCAAGGGGAAACUGUCCAUCUGCCCUGCAUGUUCACUCUUAGCCCUGAGGACCAAGGACCGUUGGACAUUGAGUGGCUUCGGCUUUCAGGACCUAAUAAUGAGGCGAUGGACCAUGUGAUUAUUUUGUAUGCUGUAGAUAAAAUUUAUUCUGACUUCUAUCAAGAUAUGAGAGGGCGAGUGAAUUUUACAAGUAAUGGUAUCACGUCUGGCGAAGCGUCCAUAAAAAUAAGAGAUGUUCAGCCUGCAGACAGUGGCACCUACCUGUGCAAAGUGAAAACAGCCCCUGGUGUUGCCAAGACAACCGUUCAGCUGACAGUUGUUGAUUACAUUGGGAGUGUGAGCAUCACUACUCCAGAGCAGACAAUUGAGAAAGACCAAGGGGAAACUGUCCAUCUGCCCUGCAUGUUCACCUUUAUCUCCAAGGACCAAGGACCGUUGAACAUCGAGUGGCUUCGGCUUUCAGGACCUAAUAAUGAAGCGAUGGACCAUGUGGUUAUUUUAUAUUCUGCAGACAAAAUUCAUGACGACGUCUAUCCAGAUCUAAAAGGACGAGUGUAUUUUACAAGUAAUGAUAUCAAGUCUGGUGAUGCAUCCAUAAAUAUAACAAAUGUCCAGCUCUCGGAUGCUGGCACUUAUCAGUGCAAGGUGAAAACAUACCCUGGCACUGUCAACAGGAACCUCCAGCUGGCUGUCACUGAUCACAUUGGGAGUGUGAGCAUCACUACUCCAGAGCAGACAAUUCAGAAAGCCCGAGGGGAAACUGUCCAUCUGCCCUGCACGUUCACCCUUAGCCCUGAGGACCAUGGACCACUGUUCAUUGACUGGAUGCAGCUUACUGGACCUCAAAAUGAGGUGGUGAACCGCAUGUUUAUUGUAUAUUUAGCAGACAAGAUUUACGACAACUUCUAUCAAGAUAUGAAAGGACGUGUGCAAUUUACAAGUAAUGACAUCAGGUCUGGUGAGGCAUCUAUAAAUAUAACUGAUGCUCGGCUCUCUGACGCUGGCACCUAUCAGUGUGGAGUGUCCCAUGCCUUUGGUACUGCCAAGGGGACCAUUCAGCUGACAGUUGUUGGCUGAUCAUCUGCCCCAGAGGUUACAUCAAUUGAACUUUUAAUUAAGUUCUGCUGAUUCCUUGCUCCUGUAUCUUCAGUGAAAUGUGCCUUGUGCUCCCACA